AUGACAACACAUCUUAAAGCUCACAACAUCUGGAGCUAUGUGGAGUCUGGUUUGCAACAAAGAGCUGAUGAACUUGCUCGUAGAAGGGACCAGCUGGCACUAUCACAAAUUCUUCAAGGAAUAGAUUACUCAAUUUUCGGCAAAAUAGCAAAUGCGAAGACUUCGAAAGAAGCGUGGGAUAUAUUGAAGUUGUCACAUAAAGGAGUAGAGAAAGCUCAGAAAUCAAAGCUGCAGUCUCUGCGUAGAGAAUACGAAAGGUAUGAAAUGUCCAGUUCUGAAACAGUGGAUCAAUAUUUUACUCGUGUUAUAAAUCUUGUCAACAAAAUGAGAGUGUAUGGAGAAGAUAUUCAAGAUAGCAAGGUGGUGGAGAAAAUUCUACGCACCAUGCCGAUGAAAUAUGAGCAUGUGGUGACUACGAUAUUGGAGUCCCAUGAUACCGAUACCUUGUCGGUAGCAGAGUUACAGGGAAGCAUUGAAAGCCAUGUCAACCGAAUAUUGGAGAAGACUGAAAAAGUAAAGGAGGAAGCCUUGAAGAGCCAGGUGAACCUCAACAACGUUGCUGAAUCCAGUCAGAUGGGUGAAGCCAGAGCUCGUGACAAUUUCAACAAUGGAGGAAGAGGAAAUUUCAGAGGAAGAGGUCGAGGAAGCUUUAGAGGAAGAGGACGUGGCAACUUCAACCAAUGGAGAAACAACAAUUUCAAUCCAUCCCAUCAAGGAAAAGGUGGAAACAAUUUUGGUUCCAAUAACCGUGGCAGAGGAAGAGGUUAUUACAACCAAGAGAGAACAAAUAAUGGUUGUUUUAAUUGUGGAAAGUAUGGGCACAAAGCAGCUGACUGCAGAUAUAAACAUCAAGCAAAUAUGGCAGAGAAUUCAUAUCAACAUUUUGGAAUUAUUUUCUUCUCUGGACGAAACAGUAAAAUCUACCGUGAAGUUUGGAAAUAA